AUAGAAUUGAAAACCCUCGCUGAGUGGUUUAGGGUUGAAAGAAAGAAGCAAUGGCUUGCAGAGGCAACAACAACAAAGAAGAAGAAGUGUUUCGUUGCAUGAAGAGAGAACGCCCCAACGCCGUCGCCGCGGAUGAGGAAGAAGAGGAGCAUCAGGACUCCAACAUUCGCAGAAUCAUCCGCUCCGAGUUCUUCAAACUCAAGUCUCUUAUCAAUGAGAAAAAAGAUGAUUUAAUGAACACUGCUUCGGACAAGUUCGAUUCAAUCCUUCAUGACUUCGACAAGUUAGACGAGCAAGUGAAGAAGCCACAAGAGCAGAUUGUUGACGCUGAAGCACUUCUAGAUCUGACACGCACUCUGGUUGGAUCGGUUAACUCUAUGGUGAACGAAGGGGUUACUCCUUCUCAGUUUGUGUCAUCUCUCCUCAAACAUUAUGCUCACCCACCCAACACUUCCAUUGACUGGCAAAAGCUUGGCAUUUUCGUUUCACCCAUUUUCCUCACUGUUCAUGGCUCUUCAACCAUGCUUGAUCCCAUGGAAAGUCAGUUGAAACGACGUAAGGCCAUUGUGUUGUAAGAAAUUAAAAUUCAUCUUUGA